UUGGCCUUAAGAAAAGAAAGCAACAGAGACGCCGCCGAGAGAGGAGAGGUGCAGGAAAUCAGAGGAGGAAGAGACACCGCCGAGAGGAGAGGGGCAGGAAGUCAGAGGAGGAAGAGACGCCGCCGAGAGAGGAGAGGUGCAGGAAAUCAGAGGAGGAAGAGACACCGCCGAGAGAGGAGAGGUGCAGGAAAUCAGAGGAGGAAGAGACACCGCCGAGAGAGGAGAGGUGCAGGAAGUGAGAGGAGGAAGAGACACCGCCGAGAGAGGAGAGGUGCAGGAAGUGAGAGGAGGAAGAGACACCGCCGAGAGAGGAGAGGUGCAGGAAGUGAGAGGAGGAAGAGACACCGCCGAGAGAGGAGAGGUGCAGGAAGUGAGAGGAGGAAGAGACACCGCCGAGAGAGGAGAGGUGCAGGAAGUGAGAGGAGGAAGAGACACCGCCGAGAGAGGAGAGGUGCAGGAAAUCAGAGGAGGAAGAGACACCGCCGAGAGAGGAGAGGUGCAGGAAAUCAGAGGAGGAAGAGACACCGCCGAGAGAGGAGAGGUGCAAGAAGUGAGAGGAGGAAGAGACACCGCCGAGAGAGGAGAGGUGCAGGAAGUGAGAGGAGGAAGAGACACCGCCGAGAGAGGAGAGGUGCAGGAAAUCAGAGGAGGAAGAGACACCGCCGAGAGAGGAGAGGUGCAGGAAGUGAGAGGAGGAAGAGACACCGCCGAGAGAGGAGAGGUGCAGGAAGUGAGAGGAGGAAGAGACACCGCCGAGAGAGGAGAGGUGCAGGAAGUGAGAGGAGGAAGAGACACCGCCGAGAGAGGAGAGGUGCAGGAAGUGAGAGGAGGAAGAGACACCGUCGAGAGAGGAGAGGUGCAGGAAAUCAGAGGAGGAAGAGACGCCGCCGAGAGAGGAGAGGUGCAGGAAGUGAGAGGAGGAAGAGACGCCGCCGAGAGAGGAGAGGGGCAGGAAGUGAGAGGAGGAAGAGACGCAGUCAAGAGAGGAGAGGUGCACGAAGUGAGAGGAGUAAGAGACGCUGCCGAGAGCGGAGAGGGGCAGGAAGUGAGAGGAGGAAGAGACGCCGCCGAGAGAGGAGAGGUGCAGGAAGUGAGAGGAGGAAGAGACGCGGCCGAGAGAGGAGAGGGGCAGGAAGUGAGAGGAGGAAGAGACGCCGCCGAGAGAGGAGAGGUGCAGGAAGUGAGAGGAGGAAGAGACGCGGCCGAGAGAGGAGAGGUGCAGGAAGUGAGAGGAGGAAGAGACGCCACCGAGAGAGGAGAGGGGCAGGAAGUGAGAGGAGGAAGAGACGCAGUCAAGAGAGGAGAGGUGCACGAAGUGAGAGGAGUAAGAGACGCUGCCGAGAGCGGAGAGGGGCAGGAAGUGAGAGGAGGAAGAGACGCCGCCGAGAGAGGAGAGGGGCAGGAAGUGAGAGGAGGAAGAGACGCCGCCGAGAGAGGAGAGGUGCAGGAAGUGAGAGGAGGAAGAGACGCGGCCGAGAGAGGAGAGGGGCAGGAAGUGAGAGGAGGAAGAGACGCGGCCGAGAGAGGAGAGGUGCAGGAAGUGAGAGGAGGAAGAGACGCUGCCGAGAGAGGAGAGGGGCAGGAAGUCAGAGGAGGAAGAGAUGCCGCCGAGAGAGGAGAGGUGCAGGAAGUGAGAGGAGGAAGAGACGCCGCCGAGAGAGGAGAGGGGCAGGAAGUGAGAGGAGGAAGAGACGCCGCCGAGAGAGGAGAGGGGCAGGAAGUGAGAGGAGGAAGAGACGCCGCCGAGAGAGGAGAGGGGCAGGAAGUGAGAGGAGGAAGAGACGCCGCCGAGAGAGGAGAGGUGCAGGAAGUGAGAGGAGGAAGAGACGCCGCCGAGAGAGGAGAGGUGCAGGAAGUGAGAGGAGGAAGAGACGCUGCCCAGAGAGGAGAGGUGCAGGAAGUGAGAGGAGGAAGAGACGCCGCCGAGAGAGGAGAGGGGCAGGAAGUGAGAGGAGGAAGAGAUGCCGUCGAGAGCGGAGAGGGGCAGGAAGUGAGAGGAGGAAGAGAUGCCGUCGAGAGCGGAGAGGGGCAGGAAGUGAGAGGAGGAAGAGAGAUGCUGCAGAGAGGAGAAUUAGACCGGGAGGCCCUGAUGAGGCAGAUCCUUUGUAUUUACAGACUUCCUCUACACGGCUGGAAUAUGUGACACACUAAUGGGAUUCAUUAAGGACGGCCGCACUUCUGAU